AGCGAAAAGGGCAAGUCCAACGACUUGCAACAAGAUAAAGAAAUUACUAAACAAGCAAGUUAUGUAAUGUGGUGAAUAACCUCAAGAUCGGCGAGUGGGCUCAUUCGGUACUAGCUAAACGAAUUAGAACUGACAAAUUGCAAGAGAGUCGUGACUCACGACUAUUCAUUUGAGACAUUCAAUCCUAUUCUAUCCUAUUAAUCUACCUAUCUUAUUUAUUAAUCUACCUAUUAACAAUCUAUUGUAAUUUGUAAAUAAAGUAACACUGCUCACAAACAAUCCGAUUUUCGAAAAGAUGUCAUCCGAUUGGAUCUGUGCGGUGUGUCUGGAGAUCAACGUCAAAGACGAUGGCAUGUGCAGAUGGGGCUGCGGAACGGUCAAUCCGACCCUAACCGCAACGAACCCCUUAGCCGCUUUGUUAGGCGGAAGCGGUGCGGGGAAUGGACUGUCUUUACGGUCGUGCUGAGUUGAAGAUGCUUGGUAGCGAUUCUCAUUUUUGACAGGAUCGAGCUUGCGGACAGCAAUUCCUAGAAGCGACCCACUGUGACUAGAAGCUGUCUCUUUUUUCAUCAACAGUGUAGUUUAGAUUUUGAAACUACCGCCAGUUUCUCAUGAUGCGAUCGAGUUUUCACCUCUCUAAUGCCCAGCCUUGGUCUCGGUGAAGGCACAGCAGGCAGUUCAUCCUCCACGGCCAAUGCGCUAGCAAGUCUCCUCGCAGGCGUGGCAGGCUCCGGGACAGCGACAACUUCCUCUGCUACGGCGCUGCCUACUGCGUUGCCUUGUUUGCUUUCUUCUAGUAUUAAGAACGGGUGGUUUAUUGCUAUCUAGAGCCAUUGCCUUGUUUGCUGUCUUCUAGUAUUUUUAUGAGUGGUCGUUUAGUGUAUGAGUUGCGGCGUACAAGAUUUGCAUUUCUGUUGGUCAUGUAUGGUCCAAGCCUCUCGGAUGUCGUGGCGUUUUGUUCUCAGUGGCUCACACAAAGCCUCGCGCUCGACUGUCAUCGGGAUGAUCUCGCAAGACAUGAAUGUCAAUGAUCACGAACGCUACUUCCAACGCGCACUCAAUGCACAUUCAAUGCAUAAACAUAAUGAUCAAGGUGUAGACUAGGCACGGCUGUGCUGAUCCUAGUCGUAUGAUGCAUGUUCAGUCCGAUCCCUUCUGACAUGCUUAUGCUGCUGAUGUAUGAUUCAUCUCACCCAAUGAACCAAACAGGGACUACACCAGCCAGAGAUCGCAAGUCUCAGGCAGGAGUAUCAAGAUUUGCUUGCAUUCAAGAUCCUGCCUUUGUGUUUCCACUGAGAAACGAACCAAGGCACGGAGGCCUGCGUUCUUGUGGUCCAACAAUUUCUGAGCUACUUAACUUUUCAUAGAGUUUUUAUACUUAGAGAUAGAGUUUUUAGUACUUAGACCACGAAAAAGAAAAUGAGGAUCUUUCUCUAAUGUGACUACUUCUACCUCAGGAACUGGAGCCCCUUGCACCACGACAACGAAUAGUGCUGUCCUACAUCAGCUUUUGGGAACAGCUCCACUCCCACCCCCGCCAAAUGCUGCUACAUUAUGACAGAAUGAGAUCUACAAAUAUAGCGUUUUAGAUCUACUAAUAAAGUGUUUUAGUUGGGGUUUGGGAUCUACUAAUAAAGUUCGUUCGUACUAGUGCUCGUCGUCGUCGUUCUACGAUGAGAAGCAAAAGUUUCAUGACCACUCACUUUACCUCGUUGUAGUACUAAGUCCUGCAUUGUUCCAAAAGCUUCCACCUAUUGGAUUAAGUAGAACGACAAGAACUACUCUGUCCUCUAACAAAAGCAGCAGUCUCAGCCACGCUAGACCAGCUUCUGUUGGAAAGCGCCGAUCUAGUACCUGGAACAAUGGACCAAAUUGUGGCGGAAUUAACUGGCACACCACUGACGAGUGCAUCUGGAGGAGCGGGGUAAGUACUAUUGAUUAUAGUUGUGGGUAGUUGUUUGCCAGGAGGAGCGGGGUAAUAUUCAUAUUGAUUCUAGUUGUGGGUACUUAGUUUGCUAAUAUUGCUUUAUGAAGAAUCUUGAUAUAGGUGUUCGCUAUUGCUUUAUGAAUCUUGAAAUGAAAAAAAAAUGGUGCGCAGUAGUACUAAUAAACCAAAACCUUUCAGGAGUUGUCGUGAACUUUUAUUUUCAAUAACGAACAGGAAUGCGCAGGUACUUACUUCUUCUACACCUUUAGCUUUGAUCAUUAGAGCAGAUGUACGUUCUUUUGCACUGUUCUCUCUGCUUCAAAGCAUAUUUUCAACAGCAAAUUUUACCUACAACUACACCAGAACCGAAGCUCCAGCAUUGUCACGUGCGGAAGCCGAUGAAAUCCUAG